CACCACUCCAUUCCCCACCCCCAUCCCAUCACCGCGACCUGCAUGCACCGCGACCGCGAUCGCUGUCUUGCAGUGCGCCCGGCGCGCGACGAGGCGGUGGUUGAUUGAGGUGGCCUUUCCUUCUCUCAUCACCCACGGCCGCGCGCACGGCAGAGCCGCGGAACUUGCCCCUAGCCGACCGUUGCGCUGCGCCUGAACCACCUUCACUUUCGCGACCUUCGCGUCCUCCACCUCAUUGCACCCACCACCACUUUCAUCACCUUCCCUCAUUCACCCGCACAACCCGUCACCCGAACACGUUGCCGAGCACGCCAUAAAGUCCCGCUCUGCUCGCCGCAGCCAUGGACGCUUCACCUGCUGACGACCCUUACAACAACCAGCGCGAAAGGUCCCGGUCGCCGCGUCGCCGAUCUCGAAGCCCGCGUCGCAGUCGUCGAUCAUACUCUCCUCGCAGUCGCUCGCGCAGUCGUGACGACUUCCGCCGCGGUGAUCGCCGUUCGCGUUCGCCUAUGAGUGGUGCUGCUGGUGCUGCUUCAGGAUAUUCCAGUGCUUACGGUGCGGCUCGUGGUGCGCCGCCAGCGAGGAACGUUGAGGAACGUGCUGUCGCAAAGGAACAAAUGAUGGCUUCGCUGCGUGAGUCCUCUCAGCAGGACCGUCGUGUCUAUGUCGGCAACUUGUCGUACGAUGUCAAGUGGCAUCAUCUCAAGGACUUCAUGAGACAGGCCGGAGAGGUCCUGUUCGCCGAUGUAUUGCUUCUUCCGAAUGGAAUGUCGAAGGGAUGCGGCAUUGUGGAAUACGCUACAAGGGAACAAGCCCAAAACGCGGUCAACACCCUUUCGAACCAAAACCUCAUGGGUCGCCUCGUCUACGUUCGCGAGGAUCGUGAGGCCGAGCCUCGCUUCACUGCUCCUCCUUCGGUUGGCCGUGGUGGCUAUGGCGGGACCAUGCGUGGUGGUUUCGGUGGCUAUGACGGCGGCUUCGGCGGUGUCGCCGCCGGUGGUGGUGGUGGUGGCGGUGGACGCCAGCUCUACGUCUCCAACCUCCCUUACAACGUUGGAUGGCAAGACCUCAAGGACCUGUUCCGCCAGGCUGCUCACAACGGCGCCGUCGUCCGCGCUGAUGUCCACACCACUCCUGAUGGUCGCAUGAAGGGUUCGGGCAUUGUCGCUUUCGAGGCCCCUGAGGACGCUCGCAACGCCAUUCAGCAGUUCAAUGGCUAUGACUGGCAGGGCCGUACCCUUGAAGUGAAGGAGGACCGCUUUGCUGGACCUGCUGGCUUCGGCCGUGGUGGAUUUGGCGGUGGGUUUGGUCGUGGAGGCUUCGGUGCCCGUGGAGGAGGAGGCUUCGCUGGCCGUGGCGGCUUUGGCUAUGGCGGCCGUGGCGGCUUUGGUGGUGGAUUUGGCGGUGCUCCCAUGGGUUACGAAGCCGGUGGAUUGCCUCCCGCGCCUCCCAACCCCUUCACCGACUUCGCUACCUCCGGUGGUGAGCGUAGCUCUAUCAUCUACGUCCGCAACCUGCCGUGGUCCACGAGCAACGAGGACCUCGUUGAACUCUUCACCACCAUUGGCAAGGUCGAACGCGCCGAAAUUCAGUACGAACCCAACGGUCGCUCCCGUGGCACCGGUGUGGUCGAAUUCGACAGCCCCGAGAACGCUGAGACCGCCAUCUCCAAGUUCACUGGAUACCAAUAUGGUGGUCGUCCCCUCGGUCUGUCCUUCGUGAAGUACACCAACCUUGGACCUGCUCCGGAUGCCAUGGAGACGGAGGCUCCUGUCGGCCUCACCCAGGACCAGAUCAUGUAAGAGGAUUGGGUGGCACGAUUCAACACAAUUUGCUUUCAAAAAAAAAAAAAAAAGCUACGUUGAUGGGACGGCAGCGAGACUCUUCCUCUUCUGCUUUCGUGUCUUCAAUUUGAGUCUAAAACUGGCUAAAGAACCUUGGCCACAUUUCGGGCAAGGUGGCAUGCCAUUCGACACGGUUCGGCGGUUACACAAAAAAGUUUUUUCAUGUAGUACAGAUCAGAAUGCGGACAGCCUUUCAUAGCUAAUACACAGCUAUCUACAUGACUUAACUUCCUUACUCGCUU